GCAUCUGCCCUCGGCCUGUGCCGCCGUCGCCGUCGCCGGGCUGCGCUGCUAGAACCGGGACGCGCCGCCGCCGCCGCCGCCGCGCUCCUCGCCGCCUCCUCCACCCCCGCGGCCGCCGCUCCCUUCGCCGUCCGCGCCCCCACCAUGACGAAGAAUGAGAAGAAGUCCUUCAACCAGAGCCUGGCCGAGUGGAAGCUCUUCAUCUACAACCCGACCACCGGAGAGUUCCUGGGGCGCACCGCCAAGAGCUGGGGUUUGAUCUUGCUCUUCUACCUACUUUUUUAUGGGUUCCUGGCCGCACUCUUCACACUUACAAUGUGGGCCAUGCUUCAGACUCUCAAUGAUGAGGUUCCAAAAUACCGUGACCAGAUUCCUAGUCCAGGACUUACAGUUUUUCCAAAACCAGUGACUGCAUUGGAAUAUACAUUUAGUAUGUCUGACCCAAAAUCCUACGAAGGGUACAUUAACGACCUUAAGAGGUUUCUAAAGUCAUAUUCCUUAGAAGAGCAGAAGAAUCUCACAGACUGUCGUGAUGGAACACUUUUUGAACAGAAGGGUCCAGUUUAUGUUGCAUGUCAGUUUCCUGUUUUCUUACUUCAAGAGUGCAGUGGUCUGAAUGAUCCUGAUUUUGGCUAUUCCCAAGGAACACCAUGUAUUCUUGUGAAAAUGAACAGAAUAAUCGGAUUGAAGCCUGAAGGAGACCCAAGGAUAGUCUGUGUCCCAAAGGAUGAAAACAUUGCACUUUUAUCAACUUUUCCUAGUUAUGGAAUUAUAGAUUUAAAGUAUUUUCCAUAUUAUGGGAAAAAACUGCACGUGGGGUAUCUACAGCCCUUAGUUGCUGUUCAGGUCACCUUUGCAUCCAACACCACUAAGAAAGAAGUCACAGUUGAGUGCAAGAUUGAUGGAUCACCCAACCUAAAAAGCAAUGAUGACCGUGACAAGUUUCUGGGACGAGUUGUGUUCAAAGUCACAGCACAUGCAUAGUAUGAGUAGGACGCCUCCAAAGAAUAAAUGUUGUGUUGUCAGUCGUUUUCUAUCAGCUGGACCUGCCAUUCUAGAGUGGAAGACACCUUGGAGAAAGGUGGGGUGGUACGUGACACUGGGUGACAUCGUAACAUGCUUCCAGACCGUAGCGCUCAGUGCCCUCUGAAGUUGCUGCCUGUUGCCUCUGCUGCCCUUUGAACCCGUGCUCCGUCACCAGAUAGGGACCAGUGAACCCCAACUGCAAACGUUAGAUGGGAGGGUCUUGUCCUCUUUAUGAAUUGCCAAGUGUCCGAGCUUCUGUGCCGUGCUGUGUAAAUAUUUUAUGGAUCUAACACUGGGUAACUGCUGUACGUUGAUGCAACAAAGGUUGAGGGCUGAAAUGGUGCCUGCCAACAUCAAGUGACGUUAGCUGCGAGAAUCGUGGUGUGUGGAUAAGUUCUGUGUGAGGAAAAGAAAAUAAAAGUGGAUCUGAAAGUGUUACUGUGCAUUUUUGUAAUGUUAUUUUACAUGCUGAAUUAGUCUGUGGGUCUUCUUGAUUAAGUGCACAAAUUUUUU